AUGAAUGUGGAUCAUGAAGUUAACCUCUUAGUGGAGGAAAUUCAUCGCUUGGGUUCAAAAAAUGCUGAUGGAAAAUUAAGUGUGAAAUUUGGCAUCCUCUUCCGAGAUGACAAAUGUGCCAACCUCUUUGAAGCACUAGUCGGAACUCUCAAAGCUGCAAAACGAAGGAAGAUUGUUACGUAUCCCGGAGAGUUACUUUUGCAAGGUGUUCAUGAUGAUGUUGAUAUUGUAUUGCUGCAAGAUUAA